AUGCUUUCCCUAGUUUUUCUUUUCUUUAUCUUUAAUAAAAUGUUAAUGUUUUAAUGGUAUUUGGCAUGGUACUAAGCACAUCUUGUUUAAUACUGUUUAUUGAUGAACAAUGACUGGGUUAUGUUACCAUCUUUGCCCCAUUUAUUCUGUCUAGAUGGAGACAACAGGGUAUCAAAAGAGCCAUCUUAAAGUGAUGGGCAAACCUUACUUUAACAAAACAUUGAUUGCAAAAUUUCUCUGGGAGAGAUGGUAAUGCAGCUAGAAAGGGAAUUUCAAGAAAAAUAAACAAGGAGAAGUAUGUGUAGUUUUGAAAUGUACCUGCCUUUCCUUACAAAUCACCAAGCCUUUGUAAACUCUUUUCUUCAGCUUCACAAAUAAAGAAUUUGAUGAGCCAGCUUGGAACCAAACAGGAUUCCAGCAAAUUGCAGGAAAACCUACAACAGUUACAGCAUUCUGCAAACCGGCUCGCCAAGGAGACCAACGAAUAUCUAAAGGAGCUGGGAUCUCUGCCACUUCCCUUAUCUGCUUCUGAACAGCGCCAACAGAAAUUGCAGAAGGAGCGUUUAAUGAAUGACUUCUCUGCAGCCUUGAAUAACUUCCAAGCAGUGCAGAGAAGAGUGUCUGAGAAGGAGAAGGAGACAGUGGCCCGCGCUCGGGCUGGCUCUCGUCUCUUGACUGAGGAGAGACUCAAAGAGGAGCAGCUGGUCUCGUUUGAUAGUAAUGAAGACUGGAAUCAAAUGCAGUCUCAAGAACAAGCUGCAGCAAUAACCGAGCAGGACCUGGAACUUAUUCAGGAGAGGGAAACGGCAAUCAGGCAGCUGGAGGCAGACAUUUUGGAUGUCAAUCAGAUAUUUAAGGAUCUAGCUAUGAUGAUUCAUGAUCAAGGAGACAUGAUUGACAGCAUAGAAGCAAAUGUGGAAAGUUCUGAAGUCCACGUGGAAAGAGCCAGUGAACAGUUACAGAGAGCUGCUUAUUAUCAGAAGAAAUCUCGUAAGAAGAUCUGCAUCCUGAUCCUUGGCCUUGCUGUGGCUACCAUAAUCUUAGCACUCGUAAUCUGGCAGACGGCAAAAUGAAGUCCUCGUAUGGAGUCUAACUUCAUUGCAGAGUGUUUCCUUGGGAAAACCGGCUGAAAAUGAAUUGACCACCUUGAGAGAGCACAAGCCAGAAUGUCCCCUAGUAAUAGAUUUAGAAAUGAACAUGCAGAUAACUAGUACUUGGAAUUAGUGAACCAUGGAGACAGUAUUGACCAUUUAUGUACAAAUUCUGUUGCUUUAUGUAACUAAACUAUCUUGUGGGGUUUUUUGCUUUCUGUAUUAUAUUAGGGUUACUCCCUGUCCUGACUGUGUUUUGAAGAAUGUGAUCAGUAGUUGAUGUUUUGCUUUGGACAAUGCACUACAAUUCUUCUAAUGUGUUUCUAUGUACAGCUACACUUCGUAGGAGUGAUGUAGGAAUUCCUUCCAAAGAGUGCACAAUGCUGAUUCUCCCUUUCCAUUGGCUCGGCGAUUCCUAAAAUCUCUUUCUGCCCCAUGGUUUGAUUAGUCUCCAGAUGGCCAUAGCUCUGAACUCUUCAAGAGAAACUUUACCAAUCCUCCUUUGAAUGGUGAGGAUUAAAAUGCAUGAAUGCUGAAGUCAGACCCAUAAUGGGCUCAGUGCCUGAGGAGUUUAGUCCCUAGAUAACUGUUUUUUAUUCAUUUGCUAGUGGGGGUUUUCACAUCGGUGACUAGAGGCGAUGCAGCAUUUAACAUUAAAUAUUCUCCCAAUACAUCCUUGCUUAGCGAGAAUGUAGCUGGGGUCUUAUCGUUGUCAGACACUUAAAUCUGCCCACUUAGCACUGCCACCCCUUGCGUAGAAUUAAAACAUUGCUGUUGAAACACUCCUAUGGCAUAAGCAAGCUUGAAAUCUGGAGCUACAUAGAUUUAGUUUUUAACUAGAUAAUAUGACCACUUCACACUUUUAAUGGUGGUUUUUAAAUGUGUUUUCAUUGAGACAGCCAGGCAUGGCUGGAAACAGAGCCCCAGGGUUUACUGAACUUUCUUGCUGGUUUGCAUUAGCCAGACUGAAUUGUUUAGAAAUGACUCUUGAAGCUCUACUACUAGUUAAAAAUGUGGAACUUCUGCUAAAAUAGGUAGAGUGUAUUUUGUGAACUACAGUAAUACCAGUUAUGAAGAGAUUAUGAAAUGUCCAUAAGUAAUAAGGAAUUUGGCUUAGUACAUGAUUGGCAGUGUUAGAAUGGCAGAGGUUAUUGCUUAACAAUGGAAGAGAUCUCUGGUUCUACUUCUUGGAUUGUAAUAGGAGUAGAUAGCACCUACCUGCCACCCCCAUUCUUCAUUGUGAUUGAGCUGAAAUGCGCUGAUGGGAAAAUAAGACUUUAGCUAAAAGUGCAUCAUGGGCAGCUAACUGCAGCAUACAGACUCAUUUUGUAUUUAACCUUUAUUCCAUGUUUGUCUUAGUUAAAAUACUAAACUAAAUGUGAAAACUGCGGAGGGAAUGUGUUUUCAUAAUUGCACAAUUUUUUUGCACUAUUGCACCAUCAUUCCAUCCAAUAACUGUCAAUAAACAUUUUUAAAAGUG